CUUCAAGCCUGAAUAUUGCAUUGACGGCUGUAUCGUAAUUCGCCAAUCAACGUCUGAGCCCUUCGUGGUCUCAUUCUGUAGCUCGAUACUACUCAUACUACUCAUACGCUCGGAAUCAUCAGAAAGGAUGUCAACAACCGCGUCCUCGCCGUCGUGGGAGUCGAGAGUGCGUGCAAAGCAAGAAAGCAUUCUCUCACAACUUCCAAAAGAAUAUCUGCACUCGCACUUAUCACACUCAACAACCGACACCACGCCCGUCUUAGAUAUCCCAAUCAGCCUUCUCUCCGCCUCAGAACUCGAAAUCACCUCGCUUGAUGUCCUCCCACUGAUCGAAUCCAUCGCCAGCGGAAAAUACACCAGCAUCCAAGUCCUAAAAGCCUUCACCCACCGCGCCGCAAUAGCACACCAGCUCCUAAACUGCUGUCUCGAGUUCCCCUACGCUUCUGCACUAGCUCGAGCCGCCAAACUUGACGAGUACUUCAAGUCCAGCGGCGGAAAGACGAUCGGACCUCUGCAUGGGCUUCCGAUUUCAGUCAAGGACCAAUGUCGGGUGGUUGGCACGGAGACGACGUGUGGGUUUGUGGCUAAUUUGGGGAAGAAGGAUACGAGAGAUAGUUUGCUGGUGGAGAUCUUGCAGGAUGCUGGGGCAGUGGUGUUUGUUAAGACGAGCUUGAGUAUGGGUUGUAUGUGGGGUGAAACGAUUAAUAACAUUAUUGGGACAACGAGUAAUCCGUUCAAUCGUUCAUUCUCUUGUGGAGGGUCAAGCGGUGGAGAGGGAGCACUGAUUGGUUUUCAUGGCAGUCCAUUAGGGAUUGGAUCAGAUCUGGGUGGGUCUAUCAGGAGUCCAUCGGCUUAUCAAGGCUUGUGGGGCUUGAGGCCUUCAUCAGGGCGGAUUCCGUACCACAACAUUCUCAACUCCAUGGAAGGACAAGAAACGAUUCCUUCUGUAGUUGGUCCAAUGUCUCACUCCCCAUCGGCUUUGACCCUGUUCACAAAGAUUGUGGUAAUAUCUCAGCCUUGGCUCACCGAUCCAAAGUGUCAGCCAAUACCAUGGCGAGAUGAAAUCUUUCAAUCAGUAACAUCUAGUCGCAAGCUCAAAAUCGGGAUCAUGGAGUGGGACGGAAACAUCUUACCCCAACCUCCAAUUCGCUGGGCCAUGAAGAAACUAGAAACCAAAUUGCGAGCCGCAGGACAUGAAAUCAUCUCCUGGCGAAUCGAUCAAAAAGCUGCUCUGUCCAUUCUACUCCGAGUUUUCUCAUCUGACGCGAGCGGGGACAUCGACCGGUCUCGAGCAUUGUCGGGCGAGCCGCCCCAGCAAGUCAUCACGAACAGCACGCCCAGUGUAUCGCCCUUGACUAUACUUGAAUCUUGGGACCUUGCCUGCGAGAAAUUGGCCUUCCAAUCUGCUGUACUGGAACAAUGGAGAGAAACGUCCAAAACAGGUAGCUUGGCUGACACGAUGGACGUUUAUAUCACGCCAGUGAACCCUGCUGUCGCUCCAAAGCAUGGUCAUUAUGCAAGAGGACGAUACCUGGGCUACACGGGUACUGUGAACGUGCUGGACUUCUCAGCGUGUACAAUACCGAUCGGUUUUGUGGACCCGGAACUGCAUCCGGCUGACAGUGGAGAUACCGAGGACGCCGAAGGAAAGAAAAUUCCAGGAAUUACUGGGGAAUUGGAUGGAUACAUAAGAAGUAUCUAUGAUCCGGAGGUUUACAAAGGGCUGCCCAUAACAGUACAGAUCGUUGGGCGUCGAAUGGAAGAAGAGAAGGUCCUGGGUAUUGCGACUGUGCUUGAAGGUUUAUUGAAACGGUAGCAUGGGUUCUCCUUGAGACCUGCCAACUUUUCGAUUGUCCGACUAGACUAUGUACUGUACAUUCGUAACUUCGUUUUCCGA